AUGCGAAAGCUCGAUCUGAGGAUCGUGCCUGCCAUCUGUAUUCUGUAUUUAUUAGCGUUUUUGGAGCGAACCAAUAUCAGUAAUGCCAAUGUGUACGGCAUGGGCAAAGACCUGAAACUCAAGGGUAACCAGUAUAAUACUGCUCUCACGGUGUUUUUCGUGCCAUAUAUUCUUUUCGAGGUGCCGUCGAAUAUCUUGCUGAAAAAGUUCACUCCUCAUGUAUGGCUCAGUUUCUGUAUGUUUAUUUUUGGAAUUAUUUGUAUUGCUCAGGGAUUUGUCAAGAGUUUUGGCGGUCUUGUAGCCACUCGAUUUAUUAUGGGUGCUGCUGAAAGUGGUGCAUUCCCCGGCUGUUUCUACUUGUUAGCCAUGUUCUACCGUCGUGAAGAGGCUCAAAAGAGAUAUUCUUUCUUCUUCUCGUCGACCUGUUUGGCAGGUGCUUUCGGUGGUCUGAUUGCUGCCGGAGUUUCUCAUAUUGACGGCAAGCUGGGUAUUGCUGCCUGGAGUUGGCUGUUUAUUAUUGAGGGUGCUGUAUGUGCUUUUGUGGCUAUUAUCAUGUUCUUUUUUAUUGCAGAUUUCCCUGAAGACGCCAAGUUCUUGACUGAUAACGAGAGAGCUUUCUUACAAGCCAAGCUUGCUUUGGACUCUGGUGACUCGUAUCAUGAGAGAAAGUACACGAUUCGCGACGUUUUGGGCUGUUUCAAGGACUGGAAGAUCUGGUUUGGCGGGUUCAUGUAUUUCGGACUCAUUGUUCCUGCCUAUGGAUACGCCUACUUCGCCAAUGCUAUUCUUGUGUCUUUGAAAUACACUCCUCUUCAAGUGCAAUACCACUCUAUUCCACCCUGGGUGGUGGCUUUUGCACUGGCCAUGAUCACUGCUACUAUCUCCGACAGGAUUCGUCACCGGUACCUGCUGACUCUGGCAUGCUCACUGCUCAGUUCAGUUGGAUUUAUCAUUCUGUUAUCUGUUCACGGAAGUGUUCAUGCCCGAUAUGGCGCCUGUUUCCUGGUAGCUGCCGGAACUUACAGUGCCAUGCCUCUGAUUGUAUGCUGGACAGCCAUGAACUUUGCUGGUCACUUACGAAGAGGUGUUGGAACCGGCUGGCAGGUUGGUUUUGGAAAUAUUGGUGGUAUUAUUGCCACGUUUACUUUCCUGUCGACUGACGCUCCAUACUACACUAAAGGUAUUGCCAUUGGUCUUGGUUUCACGGUGUUCAGCAUGGCCAGUUGUCUGACCUACUUCCUCGGCAUCCACUACGAGAACAAACAAAAAAGAUCCGGCGCCAGAGACGCUGCCUGGAACGCUCUCACCCCCGACGAGCAGGCGAAGGCCGGCGACUUCAACCCCGAGGUCAUCUAUCAGUACUAG